UUAAUUAAUGAAUUCUAGUGAGUCAGGAGAUUAAGAUGUUAAUAUAGAAGAAGAAGAAUUAAACGAGCCAAUCAUUAUAGCAUAAUCUGCUAAAGGAAUGGAAAUUCAAGUAUCUAAUUAUUUUAUAAUUUAAAAUAGGAAAACUCAGAUCCAUUCAAUGGUACUUUUGUAUUUUUUGAUGAAGAUCAUACAUUAGGAAACUCUUUACGUUAUAUUUUAGCAAAUUAACCUAAUGUUGAAUUUUGUGGUUAUAGUUUACCUCAUCCAAGCGAAAAUAAAAUGAAUCUUCGAUUAUAAACUGUAAAUGAAACUAAAGAAAAGAUAAUGAAUGAUGGAUUAAAAUGUUUAUCAUAAAUUUGCGACAUAAUUGAAGAUAAAUUCAAAUAAGCCUUAGAAAAAAAAUGA